GUGGGCGGAGCUCAGGCUGACUGGGAAAUGUCAGCCUAUUGACUGGGUGAGGGUUUUUCUUUUCCCCGCGCCCACAGGCCUUCGGGUGACCAUCGCUGCGGUCGCCUCGGACCGUGUGUCUCCGACGCCGGCAGACUGCAGCGGACGCGAAGUUUCUCAGGCCCUUCCGGGCGCUGUCUGGAGAGAUCCGACGUGAACAGAUACGGUCCAGAGCUAUGCACGGAUCACUGUAGUUGGCGAUUGUGAGCAUUCAAUAAUGAGUGGAGCAGCUUUAGGACUGGAGAUUGUUUUUGUCUUCUUUCUGGCACUGUUCCUCCUUCAUCGAUAUGGAGACUUUAAGAAACAGCACAGGCUUGUAAUCAUUGGAACACUGCUCGCUUGGUAUCUCUGCUUUCUUAUUGUCUUCAUACUGCCGCUGGAUGUUAGUACGACAAUAUAUAACCGAUGCAGACAUGCUGCUGCAAAUUCCAGCCCUCCUGAAAAUAGCAAUGUUACGCGAGUGUAUGCAGCUGUCACCCCAGCUCCAAGGCAACAUCCAUGUUUCAAGCCAUGGAGUUACAUUCCAGAUGGAAUCAUGCCAAUUUUCUGGAGGGUAGUUUACUGGACAUCACAGUUUUUAACGUGGAUUCUGCUACCUUUUAUGCAGUCAUAUGCAAGAUCUGGAGGCUUUUCCAUUACUGGAAAGAUAAAAACAGCCCUGAUUGAGAAUGCAAUCUAUUAUGGCACUUACUUGCUGAUAUUUGGAGCAUUUCUAAUUUAUGUGGCUGUAAACCCACGUUUGCAUUUAGAAUGGAACCAACUUCAGACUAUAGGGAUAGCUGCUGCCAACACAUGGGGUCUGUUUCUUCUUGUGUUGUUAUUGGGGUAUGGCUUGGUGGAGAUUCCUCGGUCAUACUGGAAUGGAGCCAAAAGGGGUUAUCUACUCAUGAAGACUUACUUUAAGGCAGCCAAACUGAUGACAGAGAAAGCAGAUGCAGAAGAGAACCUGGAGGAUGUAAUGGAGGAGGUUCGUAAAGUAAAUGAAAGCAUUAAGUACAACCACCCAUUGAGAAAAUGUGUUGAUACAAUACUUAAAAAGUGCCCUACAGAUUAUCAGGAAAAGAUGGGUAGAAAUAUGGAUGAUUAUGAAGAUUUUGAUGAAAAGCGUAAUACCUACCCAAGUGAAAAAAGUUUGGUAAAAUUGCAUAAACAGGUCAUUUAUUCAGUUCAAAGGCACCGUCGAACUCAAGUGCAAUGGCAAAUUCUUUUGGAACAGGCGUUCUAUCUAGAAGAUGUAGCAAAAAAUGAAACUAGUGCAACUCAUCAAUUUGUUCACACCUUUCAGUCACCCGAGCCAGAAAAUCGAUUUAUCCAAUAUUUUUAUAAUCCUACAGUUGAAUGGUACUGGGAAUGCCUGUUGCGUCCGUGGUUUCACAGGAUCCUUGCUGUGCUUUUGUCCAUCUUCUCGGUGACUGUUGUGUGGUCAGAGUGCACCUUCUUUAGCACCACUCCUGUCUUAUCUCUCUUUGCAGUCUUCAUACAGCUGGCAGAAAAAACAUACAAUUAUAUUUAUAUUGAGAUUGCUUGCUUCCUUUCCAUCUUCUUCCUAAGUAUCUGUGUUUACUCUACGGUGUUCAGGAUUCGAGUAUUUAAUUACUACUACUUGGCUUCACACCAUCAGACUGAUGCUUACAGCCUUCUUUUCAGCGGCAUGUUAUUUUGCCGUUUGACUCCCCCUUUAUGUCUUAACUUCUUGGGAUUGACACACAUGGAUUCAUCCAUCUCUCAUCAGAAUACCCAGCCAACUGCAUAUACAUCUAUCAUGGGUUCCAUGAAAGUUUUAUCCUUUAUUGCAGAUGGAUUCUAUAUAUAUUAUCCUAUGUUGGUGGUAAUUCUCUGCAUUGCUACGUAUUUUAGUUUGGGAACCCGUUGUUUGAAUCUGCUUGGUUUCCAGCAGUUCAUGGGAGAUAAUGAUAUGACAUCAGAUCUAGUUGAUGAAGGAAAAGAAUUAAUCAGACGAGAGAAAAGAAAAAGACAAAGGCAAGAGGAAGGUGAAAAUCGAAGAAGAGAAUGGAAAGAACGUUAUGGACACAACAGAGAAGAUUCCACUAGGAACAGAAAUGUUCAUCCUGACCCCAAAGAAUCGAAUUUCUCAGAUACUGCUACCAAUUGGUCAUCCAAGUACACCAGGGCUAAUAACAGGACUGAAAGAGACCGAAUAGAACUUCUCCAGGAUGCAGAACCUUUGGAUUUUAAUGCAGAGACAUUCACUGAUGAUUCUCUGGAACCUGAGUCAGGAAGGUAUCAACCUGGUGGACGAUAUCUCUCCAUGUCUUCCAGCAUAAUAUUUGAAGAUAUCUAAAGUUUGAAGAAAUUCAUGGCUCAAGUAACCAAGGUCAUCGCAUCGGCUCAGCCUUUAUGAACAUGAUUGUGCCCUACAAUUCCUCUAUACUGUCUGUGAAUAGUAAGGAUAACAAAAAUGGCACUGAAAACAGAUCACAUCUUAAGAAUACUAGGUUAUUUGUUGACUAGAGUGUCAUCUUUUCUGAUAGGAUUUAUUGCUUACCAUCUGAAGUGUCUGCCUCAGAAGUGAGUUAAGUGGAAGGGUUUAAUUCAUGAUAAACAGAACACAGCUGGUUUCAAGUUGAUUUUUUUCCAGGAGAGUUCUUUCAAAGUCCAAGGAAGCCAGAAUUUUAUAAAUGUAAUUUAAAUUUGUUCAACCUACAUUUCCCAAAGAAGUGAAAGUGGACUGAGACCUCAGCUAAUUACUGUAUUUACAAAACCCAUGUCUUAAGAUAAGGCUUUCUUAUUACACACAACUGAAUGUAAACAACUCUUCCGAUCUGUAUACAAAUUAGUGGGAUUUUGCAUGUAAAAUUAGGAUUAUUCUUCAGUUGAUGGUGUUAGUGUCUUUAGCACGUGUAUUCUAACUGGGUGAUGUGGUAUUCUUUUCAUUCUUUGUGGUAACUGGAUCUUUUUAUGGUUUUGAUAUUAUUGCUUUGUAAAAGAUUUUUAUUUCAGAGAAAAAUAUUCACCUUUAGCAUUUAGCAUAAUGACUUGACACUGACCAUUCCAGCCAAAAAAAAAAUCAUAAAUAUUAAUGGUAAAUUAUUUAUUUCCAAAGAGAUCCCCAAAUGAUACCUGUUAAUACUUUUUAAAAAGAAAAUGUUUGGCUAUUCUGGCUAUUCAGAGGUAAAAAGAAAAAUAAUCCAUUUGUAAUUAUUGCUAACACUAAAAUUAUAGCUUAGGAAAAUCAGAAAAAUGUAUUAGAAUAGAAAUAUGUCAUAAUAAUUUCUUUGCUAAACAUGGUUAUUAUUUUAAAUUGGUUGUCUCAACCUUUGCAUUUAAGCCAAAGUUGGGUAUUAUGUUUUAAAGAGCCAGUGUUUUAUUGUAACGUGAACAUAGUUGAGUGCAUCAUGUUUGCAGGUAUUGUUUUAUGGUCCUGAAAUAUUUGUCUCUUACAGAAUCCAUUCUAUGUGAAUAACCAGACUUGAACUUUUCCAGACAGUCUUGCACCUAUUUUCCUUGCAGUUAUUCCUAGUGUUCAAGUGUUAUAUUGCCAUGUGUUCAGAAUGUAGUUCUAUGUAGGUACUGAAAGGAAGGAUGUAUCAUCCUCAUUAUUUUUCUUUUGUAAUGGUUGCAUUUUUGAUAACCUUUCAAAUAGAUCCCCCUUUAAACAAUUAUCAGUAGACAGAUUUACUCUGAAUUGAAGGUUGCAUAACCUGCUUAAUUCAAGGACACAUAAUGCAUAUAACCUUUUACUGUGAAAUGAGGCCAGAGGGCAGUUGACCAGAUAAUGUAAUGCUAUUUAUAAUUUAUGAUUGGUUCCUGGGAUACCCUGGGCAGAUCAUGGAACCUUUCAGUGCCUCAGUUUCUUCAUUUUCAGAAUGAAGGACAUUUGCUACUUACCUACUGAUCUACCUCACGAAACUGUUGUGAGGGGGUUAGGUUGGUGAUUGUGUGCUGGAGUUUCUCCUGGACUAUUUUGUUUGUGUGUACUUUUCUUUGAGUAGUCUUUUGAAGGUGAAAGGGACGAUUAUCACAGUAAGUAGGAGGUCUUUGAGAAGCUUUGAAGUCCCCAAAGCAAAAUGAACUAAUUUGUCUAAAGAUGCUGAAAUAGUUUCAUCAUUUGUUCUGUGGAUUUACUUUAAAAUAAUUUUCUUUAAAUACAUUUUUUUCGUUAAUUUUUUUCUUAAUACUCAGAUGCUGUUGUUGGAAUAGAAGGAUAAAAAGAGAAGAAAUGUCCAACUUUACAAUUGACUUUGCUAAUGCACUAAACAAAUUGAUAGGAA